GAGACAGAGGGGACACAAAACACAUCACACUACAUGCACACGCACUCAAACACUCAUUUACAAGGAAUUCUACAACAUUGGGCGGGCCAUUGAGUGUGUGAUUUUUACACAAAGAAGAGAGGGUGAGAGUACCCACUGAUGAGAUACAUUACUCCACGUUUGAGGGAACUCCCCGGAGUGUGUGUGUGCGUGCACUGCUGUCAGAGAUCGGUUGGGGGACCCAAGACGACACGAUGGGCUGUAACCUGUGCACGCUGCAGAAGAGAGAGGAACAUUACAAGCUGCUGUACGAGAUUGCACAGGUGAAUGGGCGUGAGUUUUCAAAUUCCGGACAUGAGGGGAAGGUGGAAGCAAUGCAGAAAGACCCCAUUGUGGUGCAAGUGUUGAGGCGGGGCCCCUCAUCCCAAAACCAGAGCAACUUUCAGGAAGUGUGUUUGGUGGAUGUGUGUACUCAGACGGACAUAACCUUUGAACACAUCAUGGCUCUGGCUAAGAUGAGACCCACUACCCCACCUGUGCCAGACAUCUGCCCCUUCCUACUGUCAGACAGCUGUCAUUCAAUUCAGACAAUGGAGCAUGAAUAUUUUGAUUGUCCAGAGUAUGUAUCCAGCACUCAGGCAGAGGUGGACAGGGCUGAUGAAUUUGAGUGUGAGGAGGUUGAGCUUUGUCGAAUGAACACUCAGGAAAAGCUGGGUCUGACUCUCUGUUACCACACUGAUGAUAAGGAGGAUGCAGCCAUUUUUAUUGGCCAGGUCGAGCCCAACAGCAUAGCUGCAAGGGAUGGACGGAUCAGAGAAGGAGAUCGAAUUUUACAGAUAAAUGGUCAUGAUGUGCAGGAGAGGGAAGAUGCUGUCGCUCUCCUUUCAAAUGAAAAUUCCAGAUCCAUUGUGUUUCUCGUCACCAGACCUGAAGGACAGAUGGAUGGAAUCUGGCUUGAUGAAGACCAUCAUGAUUUCCUAGAGGAGCUGAAGAUGGAGAUUUUAGAGGAACAGAACAAAGAUGGACUUCUUCAAACAGCAGGUUGCAUAAAGCGGUCCAAAAGAUGUGAGGAAAGCUCAACAACCACAGAUACAACAACAUGUUCGUCUAGCGUUCUAGGGAAGGACAGUGGAGUGAAAUGCAGCUUUGAAGAGAGCUCAGAACAUGAACCACUCCCUCACACCCAAACAAGGACUCAUAAGCAUCUUCGGAACAGGUGGGAGGCGAGCUCGCAUUUGGUUCCUAUGGACACCAUCAGCUUAGCCAGGCAGGAACUGGGGCAAGACAGCAGAGUGACUGAGAAUGGGUUAGACAGCUUCCAGCAACUCCUAGAGCUCAAGUGCCAGAUCCGUAAUGGCGGAGAGUGCGGGUUGGUGUACAGGCGAAGCAGCACUAUCGAAUGUAGCCUAACGGAGCAGGGUGGAGGCAGUGUAGCAAGGGAACUGCACAUGCUCAAUGAGGAACUACGUAGCAUUGAACGCGAGUGCCAGAGCAUCAUGCAGGCGCACCAGCUGCGCAGGAGCAAGCAUGACUCACCUCGAACAGAUAUGGAAAAUCGUUUGCACCGUGGUAAGCUUGAAGAUAUUAAUGAACAUCCUGAAAGACUACAAAGUGAGAAGAUGAAAGAUAAAGACAGCUCUAGUGCCUAUAACACAGCUGAAAGCUCCCGCUCAACACCGCUGGGAACAGAAGGAUCACCCGACCACUCGCUACAGCGUCGCAUCCACCUGACCAAUCAGAGGAACCUUCAAAGCAUCCAACACACACAGAGUCCAUACAGUAGUUCCAUCUUGUCGUUACCCAGCCAUAGUAGCCCGACUUGCAGUCGUGCCCAUAACUACACCAGCUCCACACCCCCCUUACAGACUCCCAUUACCAGUCCUGGUUCACAAGGCCCCAGCCAAGCCUUUUCCAGUAGCCUUGAGCAAAGCCCUAGCAACCCUUCAGAGUCCGACCCAGCCCUUCCUGCAGAUGACGAGCGCUGUGAAAGAGAAAGGAACCGUAGAAAAUUUGAAACCACUUGCCACCACCCUUCACCCUACCACAACAACACCACAGCAACCCAACCUCCCACCACAUGCCACUAUCAAAGCUACCUACAACUUCUACAACAACAUUCCUCUUCCUCUCUGGAAUACUCCCAGAGCCAGCUCAGUCUCCUUAGUCUCCGUGGUCGGCCCGGUCCUUCGCAACCUGGACGACUUGAAUGGAAGGUCAAAGUACGGGCAGACGGAACCAGGUACGUAGCACGUCGUCCUGUGCGAGACCGUAUCUUACGGGAACGGGCCCUACGGAUCCGUGAGGAACGUAGUGGUGGCAUGACCACAGAUGACGACGCAGUUAGCGAGCUGAAGAUGGGCCGGUACUGGAGUAAAGAAGAGCGGAAGCAGCAGCUAGCAAGGGCGAGAGAACAGCGGCGAAGGAGGGAGUUCAUGCAAAAGAGCAGACUGGAAUGCCUCAGGGAAACGAUGGGGACAGCUAGCGGGGAGGUAAGCAUCCUGGAGCUCAGCCAUAAGAAGAUGCUGAAAAAACGAAACAAGAAGAUCCUGGACAAUUGGAUGACCAUUCAAGAGCUAAUGAGCCAUGGUGCUCGAGAACCAGAGGGCACUAAAGUCCACAAUGCCUUCCUCUCAGUCACAACCGUUUAGCAAAGAGUGACACUCUGAACUGAUGAUCGCCACCCUGUGUGGUCUUACUUUAAAGUACUUGCCUCAUUCCAAGUGGCCAUUUUAUAAACGUGAAGAUGUAGAUAUUUUUCAUGUUUUGUGAAACUGAGUAACACUUUGUGUAAACUCAUUUCAACUCAACUGGCUGUGGUCUCAAAACUCAAAUGUGAAUGUUCAAACUCUCGCUGUGUUUUCUUACUAUAAUGCUUAAAGGACAGUUUUAAAAAGGAUUUUACAUACAGCAUUGUUUCUUUUCAUACAUUUGUAUAUUAUAAAUGGCAAGUUUUCAUGGGGUUUUAAGAAAAAACUGAACUUGAAUGUACAAUGUCAGCCUUUGCUGCCAUUCUGUCAUUUAACUCUAGAAAUUUAAAUAUCCUUUAUUCUUAUCAAUAUCUACAUAGGUAAAGGUCUUCUUUUCAACUUAUCAGGUUUAAAUAUUUCUUUGACAUAACACAUUGUAAAGGUAGUGGAUACAAUACGUACAGGUUUUGUACUGUUCUGUAACUAAUGAACAUUAUAUAUAUUUUUAAAUCUUAUAAGUUAUGCAGCCUUUGUUCCAUCUUUAUGAUGCCAAAUGAUCCAGUCUGUAUCUCAUUCAACAGAUAAACAUGGAGUUAAUAUAUAAUUUCUACCACUCUCAUUGUGCCUUGAAUU